AUGGGUCUCUCUCAGGAUGGGCUCAGCCUGCUCUUGUUCCUGGUGCUGGCCUGGUGCCUGGCCCCGCCUGUCUGCUGCCAGGGCCCGCGCUACGAGAAGUUCCUGCGGCAGCACCAUGACCACCCGCGGACCAAUGCCGGGAGGGAUUACUGCGGGGCCAUGAUGCAGCGCCGGGGCAUGGCCCGGCCCUGCAAAGACAUCAACACCUUCAUCCACGCCCCCAAGGCCCAGAUCCAGGCUGUCUGCGGCUCCGAGGGCAUCGAGUACUGGGGCAGGCGACGCAGCCGGGCUCAGUUCCCCGUCACCACCUGCUCACUGAAGGGCCCCCCGUGGGGCCGGUGCAGCUACCUGGGCCACGCCAACCACAGAUUCCUCGUCGUCACCUGCGACCCGGCAGGCUGGCCCAUGCAGUUCGACGAGAGCCACAUCAUGUGA